AUGAACCCAACCGACAACCCGAUCAAAAAGACCCAUCAGAAUGGGAUCAAGGCAGAGGACUGUUAUGAUGCGCUCGGCCGUCUUCUUCAGGAUGAGAAGAACGGCAAGUCUCUCAUCCAGAUGCACUCGGUUCAGAAACGGCAAGUGUGUGGGACGUGUCGGCUGAAAUUCGAGAGGAUCGCGACGGCAGAAAACUUUUCUACUUCGCUUGAGGUCAUCAUGUUUGGUACUAGCAAGCAACGGAAUGGAGGUAUGAAUGCGCUCUUGAACACAUGUGGACAGAAAGGAGGGCAGAUCAUCAUGCCCGCCGGACACGGGCUGAAAAGCACACUGCGAAUCGACGUGGCCAAGUCCCAGGUGGCGACUGACUGUAAGGCCACAGGCGGCAGCAGCAGCACUCCUUCAACCUCUUCGUCUUCCACCACUCAGUCUAACUCUCCUAACAAUAGCAAUCUCAAUUCAAACAAUAACAAUCCUGGAUACAAGAAAAACAAGCGCUCUUUAGCCUGA